UGUCUGUCCACAUGUUGGCGCUCAUGAUCUCGACGUGUAUAUUACCCCAUAUCGAGGCGGUCUGUAUCGACGGACACACCCCUAUGUACGAGGAGUCUCCCCACCAGAAGAUGAGACACUACACGUCCAUCGCGUGGUUCUUCUCGACAGUGAUCGGAAUAUUCCUCUUCCUUCUCGAGCUGACAAUCAUUGUUUGGGUCAAGUUUUGGUACAUCAGUUGGGUAGCCAUCGCAUCCACCAUAGUGUUGGUGCCAGUGAUCAGUGCCUUCUUGUUCUUCGCCUAUCACUUCUACCAUCAAUUGGUUGCCUAUAAGUUUGAGAGGACUGAACAGGUCUUAAGAGAAUUGGAGGAAUUGGCAGAAAAGAUGAAUGAAUGCCAAACUAAAGCCAUUUUUGAUGUU